AUGGACCAACCAUCUCGGCCAGUCCCUCCCCGACCCUCCACCCAGGGAGGCCAGCUCUGGGUUUUGAGGACGGGCACAUCAAGCACUGACAGCCAGCAAGCUGGGCACAGGCGCUGUUCAGCCUGUAAGGCAUUGGCUGAGAACCUCACCUGCCUCUCUCUGCCUGUGAGCCCCGGCACAGCUCUCCCAGGUCCAGCACAGGCAGGCGCUGGGCAGCCACUUCGUGAGGGGUGCGUGGCUGUCAGGGCAGAGGUGGGUAUCCCUGCACCCCACCUCUCGGUCAGGAUCCACAACCGUCGCCUGCUUUCCUGGGCUGCCCCUGGGGCUUGUGGGCUGAGAUCAACCCCUUGUGCCUUGCCCCAGGCCCUCCCUCAGGCAAGGUCCUGUGGCAGGUGGUUCUUCCCUGGCUGUUCCCUUCCAACAGGCGGGGCCCAGACCAUCCUAUUGCUUUGGACCUGGAGACAUUUCCUUAACUGGGCUUUGCAGCAGAGGGAAGAGAACAGUGGCAGAGCCAGGCACAUACCUCCUGUACCCAGGACAGCACCUGUAAGCAAGGAGGAAGGGGGCCACCCGCCCCAGAACCCAAAUGGAGAGAAAGUCAAGACAACCACCCCUGACCUAGGGCUGCACCAAUCCCUGAUGUCUGACCCCACUGUGGCUAUCCUCAGAGCCAGGAGGGCUCCAGAAGCCCCCCCGCCUCAAAGCUGUUCAGGGAGUCUCACGGCUGUUUGCAACAUGGGUGUGUGCCAAGGCCAAGGGGACACAGAAGAGGGCACGAUGACACUAAUGGGGUGA